GAGCUGUACAUUUUUCCGAAUUUGAAGGGGAAAAGGCAAGAAGCAGCGUGUGUGUGGUAGUGUCUCAGACAGUACGACAUCUGGUGACCGUGAAUUCUGCACAACAGCUUGUACCCAACCGAUUCCAGCUUCAACCAGGUCCAAGAUAUCCAUCACUACUCAAAUUCCGACAACUUGUCCACCAUGGCAGGCGGAGGGGUGUUCAUCGAGGCCGCGGGUGACGGCACCACGUCCACGUCCACGGAAGGCUCCAAGACGUACGCCGUGGUCGUGUGCGUGUUUGCGUCGCUGGGUGGCAUCUUCUUUGGCUACGACCAAGGCGUGACGGGGGGCGUCCUGGUGAUGGAUUCGUUCUUGAACGACUUUUGCGUCGACUACGACGGCAACACGUACCUCCAGUGCACGUCAACGGCGGCGGACCUACCAGCCAACUGGCUCAACUUUACGACGCUUUUCAACGUGCUGUACUACAUCGGGUGCAUCUUAGGCGCGUACGUGGGCGGUGUGGUGGCGGACAAGUUUGGUCGCCGCAUGACCAUCAUGAGCGCGGGGGUGCUGUUCUGUAUCGGCACAUGUAUGCUGGUGUUCACGGGCAGAGGGGGGCACACCCUGUCGCUGAUCGCGCGCGUGAUCCAAGGCAUGGGCGUGGGCAACUCGUCGUUCUCGUUGCCCAUCUUCGGGGCCGAAAUGGCGCCAAAGGAACUGCGCGGCAUGCUCUCGGGGUUCAUGCAGAUGUCCAUCGUCACGGGCAUCUUGCUCGCGGGGAUCGUCAACAUCGCCGUGGAGAAUACGGAGCACGGAUGGCGCACCACCAACGCCGUGGCUAUGGCGUUCCCCGUGAUCGUCAUGGCUGGCAUCUUUUGCGUCCCCGAGAGUCCCCGAUGGGUGUACAAGCAUAAGGGCCGCGACGCGGCGGAAGCCACGCUCACCCGCCUCCGCAAGACCACCCACGUCGACGACGAGCUCAAGGCCAUCGGCGACGCGCUCGCGGAAGAAGGCACCCACGCCACGUCGUGGGCCGACGUGUUCCACCCGUCCGUGCGCCGUCGCGUGUUCAUCGCCAUGGCGCUGCAGCUGCUCCAGCAAGCCACGGGCAUCAACCCCGUGUUUGUGUACGGCGGCCAGAUCUUCAAGGACGUGCUGGGCGACGGACUCACGUCGCUGCUGAUCCUCCAGAUCGUCAACUUUGUCAGCACGAUCCCGGCCAUGUACUGGGUCGAUCGGUACGGGCGUCGCAGCUUGCUCUUGUUGGGCGGCGCGGGCAUGGUCGUCGGCCACUUGGUGUCGGCCACGUCGUUCACGGUGGGCUGCCAGGGCGACACGAGCGACUUGCAGUGCGACAAGUCGGCCGGAUGGGUCAUGAUCGUCGCCACGGGGUUCUUCAUCUUCAACUUUGCCAUCAGCUGGGGCCCCAUUUGCUGGAUCUACCCCGCGGAAAUUUUCCCCAUGCGCGUGCGGGCCAUGGCCGUGUCGCUGUCGACCAUGACCAACUGGACCAUGGGCGCGCUCAUGAUUGGCAUCCCCAAGCUGUUUCCGUACUUGAACAUUAACGGCGUCUUCUUCCUCUUUGCCGCGCUCUGCUCGUGUGCGGGCGUGUUUGUCUACUACUUUUGCCCCGAGACCAAGAACAUUUUGCUGGAAGACAUUGAGUUUUUGUUCCACCAGCACAAGCACUGCGACGUCGAAGAGGAUGCCACCACUGUCAAGACCCCCGUGGACAAGGACCCUUAGGACUGUAUGACAGAUAGAUAUAGUAGUGUCUAAAGAAAGCUGUUUCAAUGUCAAGCGCACAUGUACUCUUCGAC